GUGACUCCAAUAACAAACCAAAUCCCGUGAGCACUGGCCACGCGCUUAGCCUAACUAACCAGCUCCCCUUGCUUCUUCAACCCCCUCUCUCUCUCUCUCAUGGCAUCCGAGCCAAACGAUGCAAUUUUCCCCGAAGAAGAUCUCGACGACGACGACGAAACUCUAGAGGAGGAGGAGGAAGACGACGACGACGACGAUUUAGGGGAACCAGAAGACGACCAACAAACCGAACCUUCUGCUUCCGCCCUCGCGGUGCCCUGGUCCGCCGUCUCAAACGGCGAAAACGCGUCGAUUCCGAUGGCCACAAUUGUCGUCGCCGACUCCUCUGAGCCAAAACGGCAGCGGACGGAGCAAAUCGAAGAGAAGAAGGCGUUGGACGAUUCGCGAAGACUGUUCCAGCGUCUUUGGACGGACGAGGACGAGAUCGGGCUGUUGCAGGGGUUCCUGGAGUACACGGCACAACGAGGAUCCUCGCACCACAACGACACCGCUCUGUUCUACGAUCAAAUCAAGUCAAAGCUUCAGCUCGGUUUCAACAAGAACCAGCUCGUCGAGAAGCUGCGGAGAUUGAAGAAGAAGUACCGCAACGUUAUCGACAAAAUCAGCUCCGGCAAGGAGUUUUCCUUCAAGAGCCCUCACGAUCAAGCUACAUUCGAAAUCUCGCGCAAGAUCUGGAGCAACACGGUUCCAGUCGCCGGUGCCGUCGAAGAUGACGACGAAAUCAAGCCUCACUCUAACCCUAACCGUAAUUUCGGUAAUUCAAUGUCGUGGAAGAAUGAGGCGACGACGGAGAAGAAAACCCCGCCGCGGAAGCGGUCACGGUCUCGAUCGGGGAUGAAAACGGAGGAGAAGAAGAAUGAUGGUUCAGCGUUGAACAAAGAUAAUAAUUGUAUAUGCAAUAAUAAUAAUGAUGAUGAUAAUUACAAUCAUAACAAUAAUAAUACCAAUAAUUACAAAAGUAGUUAUAGCAAUAACAUACAGGGUUUGAUUGAAGAGAAGGUGAGAAGUUGUUUGUCGCCAGUGUUGAAGGAGUUGGUGAGUAGUGCCAUGGGAAGAGGGUUUGGAGUAUUGAAUCCCAUUCCCAUGCCGUCGAAUUUAUUGACUUUGGGGAUUGGGGAAGUGGUUGUAGAUGAUGACAAGUGGAGGAAGCAACAGAUUUUGGAGCUGGAAGUGUAUUCCAAGCGUUUGAAACUGGCCCAGGAUGAGAUCAAGGUUACUCUGGAGGAGUUGCGAUCAGUUGAUGCUGGAAGAUGACACAAAAUGUAUAACACAGCUUUUAGUUUUGUUGAUAGUUUUUGGUUUUACUUUAUCAAUGGUUGAUAGAUAGGUUAGCUAAACAGCUAGUGAUUUUCUUGAGCUUUUAGCUUUUGAUGAUCGCAUACAACAGUUGUUCAAUAAAAUGUUCUAACUUUUAAGUCUCCUGUAGAAUUUUCCCCUUCUUUGAAUUAUGAUUUUCU